AUGGCAUCGGUUGGAGUUUCUGUGACAUUACCGGGCGGCGCCAUGGAAAAGUUAGACGGGACUAAUUACCCGACCCGGAGCUUUAUGAUGACAACGUUCUUGAAGGAGCAGCAACUCUGGAAAGUCAUCAAUGGAGAUAUUCCGACAACUCCAGAAGCGAGAGUUACAUGGGAUAAUGAGGAUCUGCAGGUACUCAAUGUGAUCGUCCCAACGCUAUCGAGUGGUCAAACCGCAUAUGUUAUUAACCAGAUUUCAGCAAGAGGAGUGUGGAAGAAACUGGAAGAGAAUCUGUUGCUGAAGAGUUAUGUUCCUUGGGAGACUCUCUAUGUCGCGGAGGUAGCAUCAGUUGGGCUUCAAGGGUUGGCACGUUCGUAUUAUGGUGUUGCAAGAAGUUUUGACGCCUGUUCAAUGGCAAACGUCACUCCUGGGAAAGUGAAAUACGCACUGCUGCAAGGAGGACGUCAAACAACGUCAACAGAUGAAGCGGCUGCUGAAGUGCUACCAGUGACAGCAGGAUACAAGAUCCGAGAGAACAAGACAAUGGCCAGAAUGACCAAGUCUUCUUCUAGGCAAGAGUUUCUCGAGGGGGAGUUCAAGAUCGUCACUACGCCUUUGGCGCAGACUAAUGUUGGACGGAAAAAGUACAAGACGAAGCUGGAUAAUCGAAGCAAGCCUGUCAUAUUCCUCGGCUACUGCAUCGACAGGAAAGGUUACCGUUUCUACGACCCUCAAGAGAAGCGUACACCACGACACGAUGAAGUUCAAUACAUCGUUUCGCGGGGCACAAGCACUAACGACAACCAGACAGACCGGGAAGAAAUUCACGAGCACGAAGCGGCUCUCGAACACGAGCCAACCGCUGAAGAUGGCAACACUAGUGACGAGGAGGACGGCAACGGGAACGAACCAGAGAUUCGACAAGAUAUAGAGCUACAAGUUGACACAGGAUCAAAGCACACGGUGCUCGAUCACCAGUCGUGGUUAAAACUUGGGAAGCCUGAGCUUAGUCAACCCAAGUACAGUUUGCAAGGAUUCAACCAGAAUCACAUUGCUCUCAAGGGACAAGGGCAAGUAGACGUGUCGUAUCAAGGACGCAGUCAUCGACUAGAGAUAGUAGUUACUGAAUCUACCCACACAAAUCUCCUUGGAAGAGAGUGGAUCGAAAAGCUGGGAGUCGAUCUCAAUGGGCUGUUUGUAGGAGCCGUGGAUUCCUUGCCGGGUUCCUUUGCCACUGGGCUACAGUCGCAUAAGGACUUGUUCAGGAAGGAACUUGGUAGGUGCCAGAAGAUUAAGGUUCACUUGCAGUUGAAAGCUGAUGCAACGCCUAAGUUCUUUAAACCGAGACCUAUACCAUUCGCCUUACGUUCACAGGUUGAGGAGGAUUUGGAUAGGCAGGUCAGGAACGGAGUGCUCACGCCAAUUGAAUACUCGGAUUGGGCGACACCAAUUGUGGUCGUGCCGAAGCCGAACGGAGCAGUAAGAGUGUGUGGAGAUUUUAGUGUGUCGGUUCAUCCACAGUUGGAUGUUACACAGUACCCACUUCCGAGGCCAGAAGAACUUUUUGCUAAACCGAAUGGUGGCCAGAAAUUUUCCAAGCUGGACCUUUCCGAAGCCUACCUGCAAAUGGAAUUAGACGAAGAGGCUGAGAAAGUGUUGGUGAUUACUACGCACAGAGGCUUGUUUCAAUUUAAUCGUAUGCCGUUUGGAAUUGCUUCUGCCCCAGCGAUCUUUCAGCGUACUAUGGAGCAAAUAACAGCAGGUUUAGACGAUGUUGCCUGUUACCUGGAUGAUAUUAUUGUGACUGGCUGUGACGAUAAUGAGCAAAAGAAAAAUCUGGAGACCGUUCUUCUAAGGCUGCAAGAGUAUGGUUUCGUUCUGAAGGAGGAGAAAUGCGCCUUCUUGCAAGAAGAGGUAGAAUACCUUGGACAAGUGGUGUCGGCUACCGGAUUCUCCCCUUCACCGAAGAAGGUAUCUGCAGUUCUGAACAUGCCAGAGCCGACCAACGUUUCAGAACCGAGAGCAUUUCUUGGCAUGGUGCAGCACUACAGUAAGUUUAUACCAGGAUUGGCAGAUUUAUCAGCACCACUAAACAAGUUGCUUCGUAAAAACAAGCCUUGGUGCUGGUCUGAGGAAUGCAUAGACGCUUUUGAUGGACUUAAACAGCGGUUGACAGCCGUCGACGCCUUGACCCAUUUUGAUCCCAAGAGACCGAUCUAUUUAGCAGCUGAUGCAUCUUCAGAACGUCUGGGUGCUGUCAUCUAUCAUAACAUUGACGGGAAGGAAAAACCUAUUGCACAUGCGUCGAAAACUCUGUCGGUAGCUGAGAAGAACUAUGCUCAAAUAGAGAAAGAAGCUCUAGCCAUCAUCUUCGGUUUAAAAAAGUUCCACCAAUACCUCUGGGGAAGGAAGUUCACGUUGUUUACAGAUCAUACACCCCUCACCACCAUUUUUGGUCCGAAGAAGGGUAUCCCGGUUACUGCAGCUAACAGGUUACAACGUUGGGCUUUAAUCAUGAUGGGUCACGUCUACGAUAUCCAGUAUAAACCAACACAACUAAUGGGAAACGCCGAUGGACUAUCUAGGCUGGCCGUUGGACCGGAUCAUGAUUUUCAACGACAAAUAUCCAGUGACAACAUUGUUGAAUUUGAAGACGUCAAUGUAGUCUCGUUAGAAGUCAUGUCAGUUUUACCUGUUACGGCGACUUCUAUUGCAGAAGAGACACUAGAAAGACGCAGUGCUAGCUGA